AGAGAGGUUCCUUCCACCGAGCAAUCGGUAGUAUUUCCGGUGUUGGUAGAGGUGCACUUCCGGCUUAACAGCUAUGGCUUUGGAAACGGUUCCGAAAGAUUUGCGGCACCUAAGAGCGUGUUUAUUAUGUUCUCUGGUGAAGACCAUUGACCAGUUUGAAUACGAUGGUUGUGACAACUGUGAUGCCUACCUACAGAUGAAGGGGAACCGGGAAAUGGUGUAUGAUUGUACAAGCUCCUCAUUUGAUGGGAUUGUGGCCAUGAUGAGCUCUGAUGACAGCUGGGUGUCAAAGUGGCAGCGAAUAACUAAUUUCAAACCAGGAGUGUAUGCAGUUUCUGUUACAGGACGCCUGCCGCAAGGUAUUGUGCGUGAGCUGAAAAGCCGCGGGGUGCUUUACAAAUCCAGAGACACUGCUAUCAAGACAUAACUGCAGAAGAAGGGCUGGAGCAGAGAUUGGGUUGAUGUCUAUGUCUUCUCUUCCGUCGGUUUUAUUUUCCUGUUAUGUUGCUGAAGCUGUGGUUUCCCCGCAGUGGGGGAAGGGCUGUGCCACUCAGCCCGCCACAUGUACAGACACUUCAUGUCUUUCUGUCUUCUGAGACUCUGGAGGAGAACGGGGGGGUGGGGGCUGUGUUUUGGGACUAAAUAAAGAUGCAUAAAUCCU